UCAAGUAAAAGGGGGUUGAACCGAGGACGUGUGGUUUCUUGGAAAAGUGGCAUCUGUGUGAGGAAGGCAAGUCUUCUGCUGGACACCAGGCACUCUGGACUCCACACAGCCGACCCUGUCGCUCAUUAUAUCCGGAAUUUAUCCUGCUUUCAAGCUCCUAACCAUGAGGAUAAACGUUUGGAUUUACCAAGCUGUGGCGUGUGUUGUGGCCACUAUAUUGGAUACAGGUUUUUGUAAAAGGACUCGUCAGUCGUUACAGAAGUAUGAGAAGAGUGAAGGUCACAUGCUGGUUUGCACAGACUGCCCUCAGCUCCCUUUGGUUAGAGGCAGCCGGUCGCUGGAAAACUGCGCCCGCAAGUGCAAGAAGGUCAAGAAAAACUUCAACUGCAGGGCUUUUAACUUUCAGCGGCACGACAGGAAAUGCCACUUGCUUCCUUUUGACCGCUUCACCCAUGGUGUGCAGACGCAAGCCAACGUCAACUUUACUUUGUAUGAAAAAAAAGAUUAUAUAAGGGAAUGUAUCAUCGGCACCAAGGACAACUACAGAGGGAGAAGAUCUUGGACAAAGUCAAACAUCACUUGCCAAGCUUGGUCAGAUAAUAACAUCAAUGAACACACGUUUUCUCCUGAUAGGUACCCAACGCAAGACCUGAGGGAGAACUUUUGUCGAAAUCCCAACAACGAUCCUGGUGGUCCGUGGUGCUACACUACAGAUCCCAACGUACGAGCCGAGGAGUGUGGCCUGCCACAGUGUUCACAAGAAGUCUGUAUUACGUGCAAUGGUGAAGAUUACCGGGGGAAAAUGGACCAAACAGAGAGUGGCAAGGAGUGCCAGAGAUGGGACUCAACAAGGCCUCACAAACACCACUUCCAACCCAAAAAGUAUCGACAGAAAGAUUUAAAGGACAACUACUGCCGUAACCCAGAUAAUCGCCUUCGUCCCUGGUGCUACACGGUGGAUCCUAAAACUCCGUGGGAGUACUGCAACAUCUCUGUGUGUGAUUCUGACUCAAGUGAGGACACAGAUGUCAAUGUAACAACAUCCUGUGUCCAGGGAAAAGGAACAGAUUACCGAGGCACAAUGAAUGUCACUCCAGAGGGUGUGACAUGUCAGCGCUGGGACUCCCAGUCGCCCCAUAACCACUCCUUUCUUCCCCAGAACUUCAAAUGCAAUUUGUGUAUGUGUUUUAGAGACCUCACAGAGAACUACUGCCGUAACCCUGAUGGCGCCGAUCACCCAUGGUGCUUCACUACAGACCCCAAUCAGAGGAUAGCCAACUGCACCCACAUCCCCAGGUGUGAUGCUGAGGCCACACAAAAAAUAGAGUGUUAUGAAAGCGGAGAGACGUACCGGGGCACGUUAUCCAUAACUCGAUCGGGGAUUCCCUGUGCAGACUGGUCUCAUCACAUAAACAGUGGGGAUUCUCACUCUACAGAAUCCCAUGUAGGGCUGGAGAGGAAUUACUGCCGGAACCCGGACCGGGACAAACAUGGCCCCUGGUGUUACACUAAUCCAAAUAACCGUUUGGCCUGGGACUACUGCAAACUGAAGCACUGUGAAUCAGCCACAGUGUCUCCUCAACCCAACACUCCAACAGACACCAAGAUAUCAUGCUUUGUGCAUAUAAACACCAGAAUAGUUGGAGGACACCAAGUGCGGGGUACAGAUGGCAGCUGGGUUGUAAGCAUCCAAAGAGAGAAGGUUCAUUUGUGCGGGGGCUCGUUGAUCAGAGAAGAUUGGGUUUUGACGGAUCAACAGUGCUUCACCUCCUGUGUUCCAGAUCUCAAGGAUUACAGUGUGCAGGUUGGAGUGCGCCACCUCAACGAAUCCUCCAACCACCCGGGACUACGCAUCUCUCGCCUGAUUUGUGGCCCCGAAGGAUCCAACCUGGUUAUGCUAAAACUAGAAGAUCCUGCCCCUGUGUCUGAAGGUGCCUCUACAAUUCAUCUUCCAGUGAAAGAGUGUCACAUCCCUGAAGGCACCAACUGCACCAUGUAUGGAUGGGGGGAAACCAAAAACACAGGAUACGAUGAGGCGCUGAACACACUGACCAUGCCCAUGGUCAACAACGAAAUGUGCUCACAAAUCAAAGGGGACGCUGGAGAAAGCAGAAUAUGUGCCGGCGGCAAGAGAGGAGAAGGCGUAUGUGAUAAAGACAAUGGUGGUCCAUUGGUUUGCCAGGAACAUGAGCGUAAAGUGAUAAUUGGCGUGAGCAUCCAAAGGACAAAAUGUGCGUCAUCGCAGCCUGCGCUCUUUGUUAACGUCGCUUUCUACUCUGAGUGGAUAUACAAAGUGUUCAAACUUUACCCCAGUUUGGAGAGGAACUGAUAGUGUGGUGUGAAGAUCAAAUGGACCACGAGGAAGAAACAAGGAAAAUCCCCGAAUGGAAAGUGGCCGUUUUGGGAUUUUGUGGCAGAAUUUUUCAUUUUAAGAUGAUGACAGCGAUAGAAGACUGGAUGAAGGAAAUGGAUUUUCAUUUGUUCUUCCAAUUUGCAAGAGAAGACAUCCUGGCCUUAUCAUUUUGAAAAAAACAAAGUCUUGGGCACAUGCACGGCAAACUAUUUGUAUUUUGACAUGUUCAGAAUUUCUGAAGCCAUGCAAACAAAGACAAUGAGAAUGACCCUUGUGACUCAGUAUUAUCUCCUGGAAUAUACUUGAAUAUGGACAGAACCCACAUGUCUAGAGGUUUCCGCACGUGGAACCCUCCUGUGACUGGGACUUUUCUUUCUUUUUAAUGUGUUGAGCUGAACUGCAGAACCUAUUUUUAUUGCCUUCAACACAAAUGAUGUGGAUGGAUAAUUGUUUUUCAAUGUCAACAAAUGUACUAAUCUGGUUAUACAUUUUACACUGAACAAAAAUGUAACAUUGAGUUUAACGAAAUGUAUUAUGACAACAGGUUCCACAUAAUUAGGUUGUGUAAUUUGUUGACAUAAUACAUUCAUUUAAGUCAACGAUUACAUUUGUUUUUCAUCGUUACAAAUCUAAGACGUUGACUUUAAU